UGAUGGAAGCUCAGAUACCAACAGGGUCACCCAGGGUGCACGGAUUAUUUAGUUUGCCUUGGUUUUGGCCUUUUUCUUCCCGCCCGAAGUAGACGCCUAACCUUGGCUGUGCCUCGGAGCUGUCACCCAGUUUCUCCUCCUCAAGAGAGCAUCUGUCACGUGAAAGCGCUGACGUUCAGCGGCGGCCGCCAACGAGAAUAGCAGUAGUUACUCGGACCUUUUACAUCUGUUUCCAACAAGAGAACGAUUUCUGUAACAAACCUGGUUUUUGAAAGCAGAAACUGAGCAGAAGUUAAUCAGAAUGAGUUAUACAGAAAAAACCGAUGAAAUCACGAAAGAUGAGUGGAUGGAAAAGCUCAAUAACUUACAUAUUCAGCGAGCAGACAUGAAUCGGCUCAUCAUGAACUACCUUGUCACAGAGGGCUUUAAGGAAGCGGCAGAGAAGUUCCGGAUGGAGUCUGGGGUUGAACCUAGCGUGGAUCUCGAGACACUGGACGAACGGAUCAAGAUCCGAGAGAUGGUCCUGAAAGGUCGGAUCCAGGAGGCUAUCGCGCGGAUCAACAGCCUCCACCCGGAGCUCCUGGACACAAACCGCUACCUGUACUUCCACCUGCAGCAGCAGCAUCUGAUCGAGCUGAUCCGGCAGCGGGAGACGGAGGCGGCGCUGGAGUUUGCCCAGACACAGCUGGCGGAGCAGGGCGAGGAGAGCCGGGAGUGCCUGACGGAGAUGGAGCGCACGCUGGCCCUGCUGGCCUUCGACAGCCCCGAGGAGUCGCCCUUUGGAGACCUCCUCAACACGAUGCAGCGGCAGAAGGUGUGGAGUGAAGUUAACCAGGCUGUCCUAGAUUAUGAAAAUCGUGAGUCAACGCCCAAACUGGCAAAAUUACUAAAACUCCUACUUUGGGCUCAGAAUGAGCUGGACCAGAAGAAAGUGAAAUACCCUAAAAUGACAGAUCUCAGCAAGGGCGUGAUCGAGGAGCCCAAGUAGAGCCUGCACGAGGGACCUGUGCGCCGCCACGCCCAGGACGUCACAGCCGUGGGUGGCCGCAAGCUCUUUACUGCAGUAGAGAACUCCUUCCCCCCCUUUUCCUGUUUCUGAAUCGGCAUCUUUUCUGAGGGGAGAAUGCCCUGUCAAGUGCUGGAAAACAUGCAGUGAAAGCCUCCGUGUCUGCAGCCGUCUGCCUCAGGCGACGCGUGUGGUGCGUGCUCCCCGCUCGCGGGGUCUGGCUGCUGGAGGACUCGUUUGCGUCGAGUGCCGUCUCCUGCAGGGUGCCAGUCCCAGAGCCUCCCACUCAGGACGUGGAAAGCGCUAAGAGGCAGACAGUAUGUUCUCUCAAUUCUAAGGCUCGUCCGGCUUUCAUCUCAAGGUUCCUUCUUACCCCCUUGGUUUUUGGUUUGUUUGUUUUUACGUAGCACAGAAUAUAUACAUUUGUAAAUCCUAAUUCAGGACUCUUAUAUGUGAGGGUAUGGAGUUUGAUUUUCUUCCAUUUUGGUUUUGGGUUGUGUGGCUUCUGGGGAGGUGUGUGUGUGAGGGACGGGCUGCAUGAUUUUUAUUUUUUUAACGUAUAUUUUGGUGCUGUGUGUUAGAGACGUGCUCACAGUGGGUCCAUGGCCCGUCUUUUCUACGCAGUGUUGCUGGAAAUAAAGCCUUCUCUGAUUUCUGUAACGACCAAAAUGGCCUCUAAGGAAGUUCCCUCACCUGAGACAGACCUUUUGUGUUCUAGGGUUGGCUUUCCCCUGUGGUGAUGGCAGUGGUAGGUCCUGGGACCUGGCCCACGGGCGUGGGAGUGGCCCUUCACAAGGCGAGGCCACCCAGUGCAGAUGGUGACAGCUGUCUGAGCACAGGGUGCUGUGGCUGCCGGCGUGAGGCCGCCGGAGUGAGGCCGACAAUGAGGCCGCCGGGAGAGGCCUUGGUCGGUCAGAGCCUUUGUAGAGCCACCAUGUGCAGCUCAGCUGGCCUGCACUCCAGCCUUUCAGAGCAUCCAUCCAUCUCACCGUUGUGUCCUCAUCUGUCACCCAUGUGCUUGCCCCUGCUUGGAGGGGAGCAUGCACGGUGCUGUGUAUGCCCCUGCAACCACAGCUCAAAUACACGGGUUCUCUGCAGGAGGCGCCGGGCACGGGGUUCUCUGCAGGGAGGUGCCGGGCACGGGGUUCACUGCAGAGAGGCGCCGGGCCCAGGGUUCUCUGCAGGGAGGUGCCGGGCAUGGGGUUCACUGCAGGGAGGAGCCGGGCACGGCGUUCACUGCAGGGAGCCACUGGGCAUUGAUGGCCUUUCCAAGACAGUGCUGGAAGCCGCAUUGAGAAUUCUUCUAGAACUGCUGAGCCUUCGGAAUGAUCCUGGAGGCACCAUGAGUGGGCCCUCACGGCACCCGGGCGCUUCUGCUGCGGAUGCCGUGACUCGGUGGCCCUGACUGACUGCUCAUGCUCAAACAGGUGUCCUGGCACCGAGGCUCGGGAGAGAAGACCCCUGCCGCUGACUGGGGACAUCUGCCUUGUUCUUGGGAAGCAAGAGGUGCCUUGGUGACCAGGCUUAUGCAGGGUGUGGGAUGGCCGUUGGUGGGGCUAGCACACUGUGUUUGCACUGGGUAUCUGUGAUGCACUCUGGUCCCUGCACUUCCUGGCUUGUUUUUCUUUCAUCUAGAGUCUGGUGACAUUUUUCCAAGUUCUCUGCUUCUGUUUUCAGUGGGCAGGGCUUUGACAGUGUUAGUCUUACACAUGUAUGGUUUAUGAAUUUAGUGACAGGUGCAGAGAUGAGGUCAUUAGAAUGUUCUAGCCUCCAGACUGACUGAUGUGUCUAGGUUUUGUGAGGCUGAGUGAGGGGAAGUAUAUCCUGACCUUAGCCAUAGAAACAAUGUGUUUCGCCUGUCUCAGCCGCCACCCUCAGAUGUGACUUACUGUGGGGUUAUUUCCUCUGAGGUUUGAGGAUAAAAAUAAGCUAGAGGAGAAGGGAGUUUUAGUCUUCAGUAAUUAAUAGGUUAAAUAUAGCAGAAGCUAGAAGACAAACUUUAGGAGAGAAGUAGAGAUAAAACUACAUUUUUGGGAAAGCACAAGGUAAGUCAGCAUAUUCCUGACGGGCUUUAUUGUUAGUGUAUGUAAGGUUGUUUACAUAAUAAAUCAUCAACUGGACAUAUUCUUACGAUCAGCAGGGCUGAGCUGUAUGGUAGCGGGAAGUCCUUGGUACAUGGGGUGAUCCACAGACUAGCAGGGCACUAAUGGGUUUGUCACGGGCGUGAAACGUUCCCAGGUGUGCUGUUUACCACUUUAGUCCUCGAGUGGCUGAAUGAGCCAUGCUAAAAACCAGUAUGAGCUAGCUGUCAGUGAAACUAGUUAAUCCACUUGUUAUUCUUGUUUUUUUGUGUGGGGGAUGGAGUUAACUUCCUCUGAUCUGUGAGUGGCCUGAGACUUCCUUCCAGGAUCGUGGCUGCAUGGGCUUUUCCCCUCUGUCACCUUCUUGUGGUCUUUUUUUUUUUCUUUUUCAGCAAGCAAAUGAAAUUAAGCCACUUUGAGGUAGUGAAAGUUACAGAACAGUUAGAUUUCUCUGCUUUCUCAGAUUAGGCUCUCACUGUCCUCUGUUUUAAAAUCUAGUUAUGUCUUAUAGAGGUAGUUUAUUUCUUUUUUUUACGCUUUCUUGUGGAAAGUGCCUUGAAGUAAGUACAAUUUGAGAGUAUCUGGUACUCUGUGAUCCUGAUACCGUGAACUCAUGUGACGAAUACCCUCUAGUGUGGAAUCUUUCUGAAACAUAGGGAUUUUUACAAAUCAAAUGAGAACUAAUAUAUUUUGUCACUUGAAUUAAGGUUUCUGGGUUUUAGAAAAGGCAAGCAUUUAUCGGGACUUGUAUUUGAGACAAAAAUUGACUGUAGCACGUGGCUGUGGAAUGAUGGCUCUGUGGACAUUUGCUAUAAACUUAGGUUGGAACUCACGUGGCCUCUGAGCAAACAUCCGUGUCUUCAUCCAGCCAUCCCCUCACGUUUGCACACAGGAGUGACCUGGAAACUUGCAGACGACGUGUUUCAAGGACAGCUUUUCUAAGGCAACGUGAUGUCUUUAUUUUCUGAUUUCUGUGUACUGCUCAUCUUGGAGAGUGGCGGAACCAGGGGUUUCAGAAAGAGUGUUAUGCAUUUUAUGUUAAAGACAGUGAAGUCUUCAUGCAGAUGGACCAGGAUCCCUUCUGGUUGUCUGACCAAGUCUCCGCGUGGACAAAAGACCAAGUUAGAUGUAUGAGGGGAACUGCAGGCUCGGUCUGCUCUCGUGCCGACUGAGGAUGGCCACCUGCGCGCAGUGGGAUGCCAUGUGGCGUGGGACCCCAGAUGGCAGAACCCAGGCAGCGGGCCUCAUGGUCCCCAUCAGCCCUCGGUGACCGCUGCUUUGUUGACAGACUGUAUUCUGACACCACAUGUGUGCGUUGUUUUGACAACGGCUGUGUUUUUGUUUCAGAAAUGUAUCGUUCUUUCAGAUUUACAAUAAAUUGUACUGUCCGUUUUUGUCAUUUUAAAUCCUAGAUGAAAGUAUAAUCCACUGUCUUUUGUACAAAUCCGAUCCUGUAAUUCUGCUUCAUUCCAGUGGGGCCUCUUUGCCCCACCCUUCCCCCCAUAUCUUUUGAAAAAUGCAGAAUAGCUUGCUGAUUUUGCUGCCUGUUCUUAAUUUGAUAGUAAAAGUUUUCACGUUUUCUCAGAAAUGUCAUCUGAAAACUUUUUUUUUUGCCUCUGUAAAGAUACUUUAAUAAGAACGAGGAAUUAAAUGCGAUGCUAACACAGUUCUAUUGAAAGUUGGUCUAUUAGAGUUAGAAGGCAUGAAGGAGGUUUCCGUUCUGUGUAGCUUAUUCUCUGCUUUUGCUCUGUCUCCACUCUGAACGUUCCCUUUCCUGUGUGUGGGGCGGGAAAUCCGUCACCAGUUCACAGUAUGGCCCUAAAGUGUCAUAAACUAGCCUCCGUUCUGUGAAGGAAAUAGGUCAGAACUCUCUGCUACCCGCUGCAUGAUUUCAAACUGAAUUGGAGUAACCUAAGUAAUUUUUUUUUUCUUUUUCUUAAAU